UUCGUUGGCGUGUUGAGUUCACUCAUGUGCUAGCUGUCCUUAUAGCGCGGAAAUCCCGGCGCUCCAAUCUGCUAGCAUAAUAAUACACUUGUCGCUCGUUUUAUUCGGGGAAAGGGAAUGUGAGAGAUCGAAAGCGCAGUUCAAUAAUGCGUUCCAUUGUAAUUAUUGCGGGAGCCAUUGCUGCAGUCUCCGCGUUUCCGACGGUUGAGAACUUAGCCCGGCUUGCUCGACACGAUGGACUGCCAUCCUUAGCUGGCGAAACAUCAAUUGAAACGUUAAGCGAGCAGUUGACACGACUGGAGAAGAAGAGACUGCUGUUCGAUCCUUUGACCGAUCCUAUUGAUGUAUCUGGAAAGCACGCAUUCAAGGCGCCAGACUUCGAGCAUGGGGACCAACGAGGGCCAUGCCCAGGUCUCAACGCCCUUGCCAAUCAUGGCUACAUUCCGCACAAUGGUGUAGUCAGUCUCGUAGAAGUAAUUGAACAAGCUAAUACUGUGUUCGGGAUGGGAUUGGAUUUGGUCGGAAUAUUAGCUGGAGUGGCGACCUUAUACGUAGGGACACCCCUAUCGCUGAAUCCGGGGUUCUCCAUCGGGGGAAUGUCCCCAAAGUCUGAAAACAUUCUUGGAAAUCUUUUCGGACUACUAGGGAAGCCAAGAGGGUUAGAUGGCACUCAUAACAUCAUCGAGUCCGACUCGUCAGCCACGCGGAAUGACCUCUACAACACAGGGAACGCACACACAAUGAAUUUGACACUAUUCCAGAAGAUGGCCAAGUAUGCUGAUGAUGACGGGUUCAUUACCAUGGAUGAUCUCGCGGACCGAGCUGUCGAACGCUUUUACGAGAGUAUCGCUACCAAUCCGAGCUUUUACUACGGCCCGUAUACGGGAACGAUCGCUCGAAACGCUGGAUACGCCUUCAUGGGCCGCUUCUUAAGUAACCACACAAAGGAGCAUCCUUUAGGCGGCCAUCUCUCAAAAGAAGUGCUCGCCAGCUUUCUCGGCGUCUGCGAAGAAAAUGGGAAGCAGGUGUAUAGAGAAGGGCACGAGCGCAUCCCGGAGAACUGGUAUCGCCUGGCGGUGGACUACAGUCUGAACUCCUACAACCUCGACCUCGUGGCCUGGGUUACCAAACACCCAAUCCUCCUCAGCAUCGGAGGCAACCUGGGCGAGGUCAAUUCAUUCGCAGGCGUCGACAUUGGAAAUAUCACGGGCGGCGUUCUAAACGCCGCCAAGUUGCUCGAGGGCAAUAACCUUAUCUGUUUCGCACUCACCGUUCUCAAGACGUUCGUGCCCAGCAGCUUGACGUCGUCUAUCUUUGCGACCCUUGAGCCUCUCCUCAAUUUCGUCGAUGAUAUUCUUCUCCACCCGCUGCUUGACUUGUCGUGUCCUGUGUUCGCCGACUUAUCGCUAGGUGGAACGGAUUUGUGGUCUGGGCUAUUACACCGCUACCCUGGGGCUAGACAGGUUGGCAUGGCAUUUUAAGGGGAUUCUUCUAUGCAGCUUGACAAUACUUCAAUUCAUGAUAUUUAGUACAGGGAUUCUAUAUGAUAUGAUGUGUUGCCGUUGGCGCGCUCCAGUGUCCCAAAAUCAAUAUACCUCCAUCUCUGAUUCAAAUAUGUUGUUACAUCUUUCUGCGUCGCACCCUCAAUGUCUCAGUUAGAGGGGGCGCAAUAUGUCCGAAGAACCACUUGUUUGCCGGUCGAUUGGGUAUCGGCUCGAUGUCGUACAGCAGGGCGAUGUGACCCAGCGCGAU